AUGGGUGUUCCGGCAUUAUUUCGAUGGCUCUCCAACAAAUACCCCAAGAUCAUUUCCCCGGUCAUUGAAGAGUUGCCCUACGAAGUCAACGGCGAAGAAGUUCCCGUUGACACUACUGGACCAAACCCCAAUGGAGAGGAGAUGGAUAAUCUCUACUUGGACAUGAAUGGUAUUGUCCAUCCAUGUACCCAUCCUGAGGGCAAGCCGCCGCCGGCGAACGAGCAGGAGAUGAUGGUGGAAAUCUUCAAGUACACUGACCGCGUGGUGAACAUGGUCCGUCCGAGGAAACUUCUCAUGAUCGCCGUUGAUGGUGUCGCGCCGCGAGCCAAGAUGAACCAGCAACGAGCACGUCGAUUCCGAUCGGCCCAAGAGGCGAAAGAAGCGGAUGAAAAGAAGGAGGAGUUUCGCAAGAUGCUCGCUAAACAGAACGGCAACAAAGUGGACCAAGAGAUUCAGGAAGAGGUUGUCAAGAAAACAUGGGAUAGCAACGUCAUUACUCCAGGAACCCCGUUCAUGGACAUUCUCGCUGCAUCUCUUCGCUACUGGAUCUCUUACAAGUUGAAUACCGACCCGGCUUGGGAGAAGCUUAAAAUCAUUAUUUCGGAUGCGACUGUACCCGGUGAAGGCGAGCACAAGAUCAUGGAAUUUAUCCGAUCACAAAGGGCGGCACCCGAGCACGACCCGAACACUCGUCACGUUAUCUACGGAUUGGAUGCCGAUUUGAUCAUGCUGGGUCUUGCUACCCAUGAACCCCAUUUCAGGGUAUUGCGUGAAGACGUCUUCUUCCAGGAGUCUCGGGCACGAACCUGCAAUCUCUGUGGUCAACAAGGCCACAAGGCAGAGGAGUGCAGGGGUCAGGCGAAGGAGAAGAAUGGGGAAUUUGAUGAAAAGCAAAAAGGUUCCUCUCUCAAACCAUUCAUCUGGCUCCAUGUUUCCAUCCUCAGAGAGUAUCUCGCUGCUGAGCUGUAUGUGCCGCAACAACCAUUCCCCUUCGACCUCGAACGGGCUUUGGAUGAUUGGGUCUUCAUGUGCUUCUUUGUAGGAAAUGACUUCCUGCCUCACCUACCGUCAUUAGACAUCCGUGAGAAUGGUAUAGAUACUCUGAUUGCCAUUUGGCGCGAUAACAUUCCCGCCAUGGGCGGGUACCUGACCGAGGAUGGACAUGUCGAUCUGAAGCGGGCUCAGCUCAUUCUGCAAGGACUCGCAAAGCAGGAAGAUGCCAUCUUCCGGCGUCGUAGACAAGCAGAGGAAAGAAAGCUCGCCAACGAGAAAAGACGGAAACAGGAAGCAAAGGCUCGGGAGGAAGAACGAUCCAGGAAGCGACGAAGAAGUUCUCCCACUUACGAGCCCAUGGAGUCGCCCGGCAGUCACCGUGCUCCCCGAGCCGGUGAUGCAGCGCCACCGAAUCAACUGGACCUGAUCACUCCUGGUCGAGGAGUAUUGUCUCGAGAGACAAGGGAACUCACUCACAGCAUGGUAGUCAACCGCGGCGCUGUUUAUCGGGCCAACAUGGCAAAUAAGAGCGCGGCUGCCGUCUUGAAGAGCAAGUUGAUGCAGGGCUCUCAAAAUGGUCAGGAUGUUGAAGAGAGAUCUGAGGAGCCCGCGUCAAAUAAUGGUGAGUCUUCGCAGGAUCAAACAGAGCAAACCUCACCAUCAGUCCUUGGCAAGCGAAAGGCCGAUCUCGUGGAAGAGGAGGACACGGAAGCAGGAACUCCAGGCAGAGACUCGCCCGCUAUGCCUGUUGCUGCCAAGGAGGAUGAGCUGCCUCCCGACACCGUUCGUCUGUGGGAGGAAGGGUACGCCGACCGGUAUUACGAGCAGAAGUUUGGCGUUGACCCCGAAGACAAGGAGUUCCGCCACAAGGUUGCGCGGGCAUACGCCGAGGGACUCGCAUGGGUUCUGCUGUAUUAUUUCCAGGGAUGCCCGUCCUGGACUUGGUACUAUCCGUAUCAUUACGCUCCCUUCGCGGCAGAUUUUGUGGACAUUGGCGAUAUGGAGAUAAACUUCGACAAGGGAGUACCGUUCAAACCAUUUGAACAGUUGAUGGGUGUUCUCCCAGCGUCCUCCAAUCACGCUAUUCCCGAAGUUUUCCACGACCUUAUGAGUAAUCCGGAGAGUGAGAUCAUUGAUUUUUAUCCAGAGGAUUUUGCUGUGGACCUGAAUGGCAAGAAGUUCGCUUGGCAGGGUGUUAUUCUGCUGCCCUUCAUUGAUGAGAAGCGGCUACUUGCCGCCAUGGAAAAGAAAUACCAUCUUCUCAGCGAAGACGAAAGGCUCCGCAACAGCGUGGGUCGAGAGGUGCUGUUGCUUUCCGAAGCUCAUCCAUUGUAUCAAGACUUGGUGGGCAAUUUCUAUUCGAAGAAGCAGGGCGCCCAGAAGUACAAGUUGAACAUGCGUAUCAGUGACGGUCUGGCGGGUAAGGUCGAGCGUAAUGAGGCCUACAUUCCUCAUAGCUCUCUGGUAUCGUCACUCGAGGAAUAUGGCAUGCCGAGUUUGGAGGAUGAUCGGUCCUUGACUGUGAACUAUGAGAUCCCCAAGUCAUCCCACGUUCACAAGUCCAUGCUCCUUCGAGGUGUCAAGUUCAACCCUCCGGCGUUGGAUAACGCAGAUAUCCAAGCAGUCAAGCACAAGGCUCAGAACUCUGGAAGAUCAUACGGCGGCGCCCCUUUCCGCGGCGGGCAUAGAGGCGGACGUAUCAACUAUGCAAGCGACAGGCCUAAUCCUUUCGCUGCGCAUCUCGACCCUGGAUUCGUACCACCCGUUUCUGGUAAUGCUGGUGGCGGUCAUAUGAUGCCUUCGGGCUGGAUCCCACCAGUUCCCGGGUCCACUGGCUUCUCCAGAGGUCCUCCCCCUCCUCCACAUGGAGGAAUGUCGGGCUCGCAUCAUCGGCCUCCCUACGGGCAAGGACCCGGGCAGUACCAAGGAAAUUAUGGCCAGGGCGACCAUUAUGGCCAGAGCCAGCAAGGAUACUAUAAUCAGUCCUCAUCUUACAACCAGUCCAACCAAUAUAAUGGCAGGUCCUCCGACCACGGUGGCAGCGGAGGAUACAGAGGCGGCGGAGGAUACCAUCGCGGAGGUGGCUAUCGCGGAGGCGGUUAUCGCGAUCAACGCCAAUAUAACCAAGACCAAUACUCUUCCAGAAAUUCAGGCUCUCACCUCUCGGAUGAGGUACCCUUCGGUGACCGCGGAUAUGAGACACGGAGUUCGGCUGGCGGAAUGGGAAAGGAAUUAGUAUCAAUACUUGAGGAACUGUUCAAAUUAUUAACUACGGAGUACGGUGGACUACGACGAAGCCCGUACCGCCGCGACAUCGGACCGGGAAACGUAUGCAAUAAAGAGAAGAAGGCCGAAUUGCCCCCGAAAUCGAGUUCAUUCUCUGUUGCUAUCUCUCCAUCCCGACCCUCUACCAUGACCGGACCCACGAAAAUCAGCAUCCUGGGCCAGGAGAGUAUAGUCGCUGACUUCGGUCUCUGGCGGAAUUAUGUCGCUAAAGACCUUAUCAGCGGCUGUCCCUCUACAACCUACGUCCUGAUCACCGACACAAAUAUCGGAUCGAUCUAUACACCUGGCUUCCAGAAGUCCUUCGAAGAGGCCGCCGCCUCUGUGUCUCCCUCUCCCCGCCUGUUGAUCUACAAUGCUCCUCCAGGCGAAGUUUCCAAGUCGAGGCAGACAAAAGCAGAUAUUGAAGAUUGGAUGUUGAGUCAGAGCCCCCCAUGCGGCCGAGAUACUGUGAUUGUUGCGCUCGGUGGAGGGGUCAUUGGAGACUUGACGGGUUUCGUCGCUGCGACCUAUAUGCGCGGUGUUCGCUUUGUACAGGUUCCUACUACGCUCCUGGCUAUGGUGGACUCCUCGAUCGGUGGAAAGACAGCCAUUGAUACCCCCUUGGGAAAGAACUUGAUUGGCGCGAUCUGGCAACCGUCAAGAAUCUACAUUGACCUGGAAUUUUUGGAAACUCUUCCCGUGAGGGAGUUUAUCAACGGUAUGGCCGAGGUUAUCAAGACAGCCGCCAUCUCUAGCGAAGAAGAGUUCACCGCUCUCGAAGACAAUGCCGAAACUAUUUUGAGCGCUAUUCGCCGUGAGGUCAAGCCGGGUCAGCGGCGAUUCGAGGGGAUCGAAGAGAUUCUGAAGGCGAGAAUCCUCGCUUCGGCGCGUCACAAGGCCUUUGUCGUUUCGGCGGACGAGCGUGAAGGGGGUCUGCGUAACCUUCUGAACUGGGGUCACUCAAUCGGCCAUGCUAUUGAGGCUAUUCUGACUCCUCAAAUCCUCCAUGGAGAGUGCGUUGCCAUUGGUAUGGUCAAGGAAGCGGAGCUGGCCAGACAUCUUGGUAUCUUGAAGGGCGUUGCCGUGGCCCGGAUUGUCAAGUGUAUUGCCGCCUACGGCUUGCCUACGUCUUUGAAGGACUCGCGAAUUCGCAAGCUGACCGCUGGCAAGCACUGCUCCGUUGACCAGAUUCUUUUUAACAUGGCCUUGGACAAGAAGAACGACGGUCCUAAGAAGAAGAUUGUCCUCCUGUCGGCCAUCGGUCGCACAUACGAACCACGGGCUAGUGUGGUGCCGAAUGAGGAUAUCGGCGUCGUUCUUGCCCCCAGCAUUGAGGUGUAUCCCGGCGUAUCACCGGCCUCGAAUGUAGUUUGUGCGCCUCCGGGCUCGAAGAGUAUCUCCAACCGAGCUCUAGUGCUCGCCGCUCUUGGUUCGGGCACUGUCCGUAUCAAGAAUCUCCUGCAUUCCGACGAUACCGAGGUCAUGCUGAACGCCUUGGAACGCCUUGGCGCCGCCACCUUCUCCUGGGAAGAGGAAGGCGAAGUCCUUGUUGUGAACGGCAAAGGAGGAGCUCUUCAAGCUCACCCUUCUCCGCUUUACCUGGGCAACGCGGGUACAGCCUCGCGUUUCUUGACCACUGUCGCAACCCUUGCCACUGCCAGCAGCGUCGAUUCAAGCGUCCUCACGGGCAACAACCGCAUGAAGCAGAGACCUAUUGGCGACUUGGUGGAUGCCCUGACCGCCAAUGGUGCGCAGAUUGAGUACGUCGAGAACAAGGGCAGUCUGCCACUCAAGAUCGCCGCCUCAGGCGGGUUCACCGGUGGCCAAAUCAACCUUGCCGCGAAAGUGUCGUCUCAGUAUGUGUCCUCGCUGCUCAUGUGCGCCCCUUACGCUAAGGAGCCUGUGACCUUGAAACUGGUGGGCGGGAAGCCCAUCUCGCAGCCUUACAUUGACAUGACGACGGCCAUGAUGAGAUCUUUCGGCAUUGAUGUGAAGAAGUCUACCACUGAGGAGCAUACUUAUCACAUUCCUCAGGGACGUUACAUCAACCCUGCAGAGUACGUCGUGGAGAGCGACGCCAGUUCCGCCACCUACCCCUUGGCAAUCGCAGCAGUCACCGGCACGACAUGCACUAUUCCGAACAUUGGAUCCAAGUCUCUCCAAGGCGAUGCUCGUUUCGCCGUUGAUGUUCUGAGACCCAUGGGAUGCACCGUGGAACAGACCGACACCUCGACCACCGUUACCGGUCCGGCCGACGGUGUCUUGCGGCCUUUGCCCAACGUCGAUAUGGAGCCAAUGACAGAUGCAUUCCUUGGGGCGUCCGUUCUUGCAGCCAUUGCCCGCGGCAAGGACUCGAACCACACAACUCGCAUCUAUGGUAUCGCGAACCAGCGUGUCAAAGAAUGUAACCGCAUCAAGGCCAUGAACGACGAGCUUGCCAAGUUUGGUGUCGUCUGUCGGGAACACGAUGAUGGACUUGAGAUCGACGGCAUUGACCGUUCCACCCUUCGGCAGCCGGCCGGCGGAGUUUUCUGCUACGAUGACCACCGAGUUGCUUUCAGCUUCAGCGUCCUAUCGCUCGUUGCCCCUAAGCCUACGCUGAUUCUGGAAAAGGAGUGCGUGGGUAAGACAUGGCCCGGCUGGUGGGAUACUCUGCGACAGCAAUUCGCCGUCAAGCUCGAGGGCAAGGAGCUGAAGGAAGCCGAAUCUCCCAUUCUCACCCGUGCGGAAAAGGCUAGUGCGUCAGUGUUCAUUAUCGGUAUGCGUGGUGCUGGAAAGACCACAACUGGACAAUGGGUUGCGUCCACGCUCAAGCGACCCUUCGUUGAUCUUGACGAGGAGCUCGAACGCAUAGAAGGCAUGACCAUCCCGGACAUCAUCAAGCAGCGUGGCUGGCAAGGUUUCAGAGAUGCCGAGCUUAGUCUUCUGCAGCGAACGAUGAAGGGGCGCCCGACCGGUCAUGUUUUCGCAUGUGGUGGAGGAGUAGUAGAAAUUCCCGAAGCCAGAAAGCUGCUCGUCGAUUGGCACAAAACGAAAGGAAAUGUACUGCUCAUCAUGCGUGACAUCACGCAGGUGAUGGCAUUCUUGAACAUCGAUAAGACCCGCCCGGCUUACGUUGAGGAUAUGAUGGGAGUGUGGCUGCGCCGCAAGCCAUGGUUCCAGGAAUGCAGCAAUAUCCAGUACUACAGUCGGCACGCGAGCGCGGGACUUACCCGGGCGUCUGAGGACUUUGCGCGUUUUAUCAAGGUUGUCACAGGACUAGUGGACAGCCUCGGUACCAUCAAGAAGAAGCAGCAUUCGUUCUUCGUGUCGCUGACCCUGCCUGACGUGCGUGGUGCGGAUGGCAUCUUGGAGCGCGCAUGUGUGGGCUCUGACGCUGCCGAAUUGCGGGUCGACCUGCUGGAAGACCCAAGAUCGUCGAACGGCAUUCCGUCGGUCGAUUAUGUUGCUGAGCAGAUGUCUUUCCUGCGCAGCCGUAUCACACUGCCCUUGAUCUUCACCAUUCGCACGAAGGGACAGGGUGGUCGCUUCCCCGAUGAUGCUCAUGAGGAGGCGAUGCAGCUGUACCGACUUGCAGUUCGGUCAGGGUGUGAGUUUGUGGAUCUCGAGAUUGCUUUCCCAGACGAGAUGCUGCGCGCAGUUACGGAGAUGAAGGGCUACUCCAAGAUCAUCGCUUCGCACCACGACCCCAAGGGCGAACUUUCGUGGGCGAACAUGUCCUGGAUGAAGUACUACAACCGGGCGCUCGAGUACGGCGAUGUGAUCAAGCUUGUGGGUGUGGCUAAGAACCUUGACGACAACACGGCUCUGAGGAAGUUCAAGAGCUGGGCGGAAGAGGCUCACGACGUGCCACUGAUCGCGAUCAACAUGGGAGACAACGGGCAGCUGAGUCGCAUCUUGAAUGGAUUCAUGACACCCGUAUCGCAUCCCGCUCUCCCGUUCAAGGCUGCUCCGGGCCAGCUGUCUGCGACGGAGAUCCGCAAGGGUCUGUCCCUGAUGGGCGAGAUCAAGAAGAAGCGCUUUGCCCUCUUUGGCACACCCAUUUCCGAGUCUCGCUCGCCGGCCCUGCACAACACGCUUUUCGCCGAGAUGGGUCUACCCCAUGAGUACACCCGGUUGGAGACUGCCAAUGUCGAAGAUGUCAAGGAUCUCAUCCGCGCUCCUGACUUUGGAGGAGCCUCUGUGACAAUUCCUCUGAAGCUGGACAUCAUGCCCCUCCUUGAUGAGAUUGCGGCGGAGGCCGAGAUCAUCGGUGCCGUGAACACCAUCGUGCCAGUUUCCGAUGGUGAGGGCAAGCCGCCGCGGCUGGUCGGUCACAACACAGACUGGCAGGGCAUGGUUCAGUGCCUUCGUAACGCAGGCGUCUACGGACCCGACGACAAUGCUAGUGCUCUUGUCGUGGGUGGCGGAGGCACAUGCCGCGCUGCCAUCUACGCUCUGCACCAUAUGGGCUUCUCCCCGAUCUACAUUGUAGGACGGACCCCUGCCAAGCUGGAGAGCAUGGUCUCGACCUUCCCAAGCGGUUACAACAUUCGAAUCGUCGAGGGCAACGAGAAACUGGAGCAGGUUCCCCAUGUUGCGAUCGGCACGAUCCCCGCCGACCGGCCUAUUGAUCCCGGUAUGCGGGAGAUCCUCUGCCACAUGUUUGAACGUGCCCAGGAGGCAGACGCCGACACCGUCCGGACGAUCGAGGGCUCCCCCCGCGUGCUGCUGGAGAUGGCUUACAAGCCGCGUGUGACGGCGCUGAUGCAGCUGGCUGUCGAUGCUGGGUGGACUACUAUUCCUGGGUUGGAAGCUCUGGUUGGGCAAGGAGUGCACCAGUUCCAACAUUGGACGGGUAUUCGCCCUGUCUACGAACGUGCACGGGCUAUUGUCCUGGGUUGA